AAAGUAGAGCAGGAACAUGUAGUUUACCAGAAAGCUUUAAAUAGCGGGCUGGUAGCUGGAGUCGCUACUCUGUUGGAGUUGCUGUUGGAACAUGGGAACAAAACAGACUCACCUGUGUGCAGCUGGGCCGGUGAGCUUUCUGCUGAGGGCGGCCCUGCUCUCCAUCCUGCUGUGCAGCCCGCAGACGGUGCUGUCGGAAUCGGAUGAGGUGGUCCUGACUGAGUGGGAGAUCUGGAAAAGCAGCCAUGGCAUAAGCUAUGACGAAUCAGACGACAUGCAGCGGAGGGCCAUCUGGGAGGACAACAAGCGCAACAUUGAAGACCACAACCAAGGCUUUCUCAUGGGGAAGAUGUCCUUUGCUAUGGCAAUGAAUAAAUAUGGAGACCUUACAAGGCAGGAAUACCAAACUCUGCAGGGAGCCAUGAUCAACGCCCAGUUUGUGCCGAGAGGAAGGGAGGUUUCAGCUCGAAGACUGCGCUACAACGCCAAGAAACUAGACGCUGCGGCUGUUGAUUACAGGAGCAAAGGCUAUGUCACUGAGGUGAAAGACCAGGGCUACUGCGGCUCGUGCUGGGCUUUCAGCACAACAGGGGCGAUAGAAGGACAACUCUACAAAAAAUCGGGUCAGCUGUUGUCUUUGAGCGAGCAGAACCUGGUGGACUGCUCCAAAUCGUACGGCACCUACGGUUGCAGCGGCGCCUGGAUGGCCAACGCCUACGACUACGUGAUCAGCAACGGUCUGCAGGCGACAGACACCUACCCGUACACCUCCGUGGACUCACAGCCCUGUUUCUACGACAGCAGCCUUGCAGUGGCUCAUAUCAGAGACUACAGGUUCAUUCCCAAAGGAGACGAGCAGGCGCUGGCCGACGCCGUGGCAACCGUCGGGCCAAUUACAGUAGCUGUGGAUGCUGAUCAUGCUAGCUUCCUCUUCUACAGCUCAGGAAUUUACAACGAGCCCAGCUGUAACUCCAACCACCUGAGCCACGCAGUGCUGCUGGUCGGCUACGGCUCUGAGCAAGGACAAGACUACUGGAUCCUCAAAAACAGUUGGGGAAGCAGCUGGGGUGAAGGCGGAUACAUGCGGAUGGCCCGGAACGGCGGCAACACUUGUGGCAUUGCAAGCUACGCUUUGUACCCAAUUUUAUGAGUACGAGAACCCUAGAAAGAGAUCGUUCUAAAGUAUAAGCAACACUUAUCAGUUUUUUUGUAUUCUAAAGAUACAUAGCUUGUGAACCUGUCUGACAUAAGGCUCUCAUAGGGAAUACAUUACCUCUCUCAGGGAUGUAGAAGAAAUUAUUCUUCGGGUGUAAAUUCUCAACUAUUCAGAUGUUUCUGUUUGUACAACUUGUUAAAAAAAUUCUAAAUGAAAAUUGAAAUAAAAUUUGGAUAUUUAACCUUGGA